AUGGAGCGUUUUUUCAUAUUUCAACGAUUAUUAUUCGUGUACGGAAGUGUUCGAUUCGAUACCCCAAAUAUGGGUAUGAAGUUUGAUAAAACUCAAAAGUGGGAUCAUGCUCCUAUCGAUGCAUUCCGAAAUCUCAAUUUGCGUUGGACCAAUUCUCAAGACCAUGAAAAUUUCUCAGUUAAUUCGAAUAAUAUUACUAAUGGAUGGUAUGGUGGAACCUAUGUAGGAAACCGGAACAAUUUUUAUGGAGGCCAUUACAAUAUGGCCCUGGAUUAUAACUAUUCGGAACAGGAUGUACAGAAUCUCCAGAUCCGGAUUUACAGCAACGAGUGA